GAGAGAGCGAGUCAGAAACAAACAUGGCCGAAGACGAAAGCGAGCAGCAAACUUCUGGGGGUGUUUUCGAAGAAAUUUUCACAUCUCCUUUAAACCUGAGUUUGCUUUGCCUUUGUUUGUUCCUGGUGUAUAAGAUAUUUCGCGGAGACAAGCCUGCGGAUGAGGUGGAAGUGGAGGAGCAGCUGCCUAAAAUGAAGAAGAGAGACUUUACUCUGGAGGAGCUGAAGCAGUACGACGGAGUGGCAGAUCCCAGGAUCCUCAUGGCUAUCAAGGGCAAAGUGUUUGAUGUUACAAGAGGAAAGAAGUUCUACGGUCCUGAUGGCCCUUACGGAGUGUUCGCAGGCAGAGAUGCUUCCAGAGGAUUGGCUACGUUCUGUCUCGAGAAGGAAGCCUUGAAAGACGCGCACGACGAUCUUUCGGACCUCAACGCGACGCAGCAGGAGAGCCUGAGCGAGUGGGAGACGCAGUUCACCUUCAAAUACGACUAUAUCGGCAAACUCUUGAAGCCUGGUGAAGAGCCGACGGAGUACACGGACGACGAGGAAGUGAAGGACAAAAAGAAGGACUAGGUCAUGAGAAGCACCCAAACAUAUCUUCUCUCAGCAGUGCCUAAUGUACUCGCAAUCAUCGAUGUGUCCUGAUGAUAAUCCUGCUUCGCUCAGAAUGUUUAGUCUGAACCAACAUGCUUUCCAUAAUUAAUCUGUGCUAAGAUGAUUUCAAUUAGCAUUUUUCUUCCUUUCUUGUCUAUCUGACAGCAGGAGCAGGAGCUUAGAUGCAGUGUACGCGUGUAACGAAGACCACAAUUUUUUAUCACAGUGAUGCUUUGUUAAAGCAUUUUCUAAUAAUAAUAUUUAAAAUUCGAGUAGUUAUGAUGCACUACAUAUGCAUUUUAUAUUAUUAUGAGAUUUCAGUACAAUACAUGAAAGAAGCUGGGAUGUGAUUUGUAAUUCUGCACAUGUAGAUAAACUCUAACAUUCCAUGCCUGUGACCUUAAUAAUGAUAAAUGUUAAGGAAGCACUUGUACCUGAAAACACUUAAUAAAGCAAUUUUCAUAUUUA